CAAAAGGGCACUCCUAUCGAUGUCUCUCUGUCCUCUGCUGCUCAGUUGCUUCAAUACUAAAUCCUCCACAACUGGGUGUGGAUAUCAUAAAAGAGAAGAGAUGAAACUGGUGGUGGAUGACAACCUUUCUACAUUUUCUAGCCUUUCUCUGCUUCAAGUCUCACUGCUAAUGAUCAUAUUCUGAUUUUUCUCGCUAUAUAUACUGCCUCAUCGGUCGCUCGACAGCAUCCUCUCCCCCUCUCUUUCGGUUUGUGUUGGGUGGCUCCUGCAACAUGCAGUGUGUAGCAUGGAGGGCGAUGGUGAUGGCUGCCACCCUGCUUCGACUGUGCUCCUCCAGGGAGCUGGAGCCCAAGCCGUUCCGCCCGGACGUGAUCAUGAAGCUGCCUGGCCAACCUCCGGUCAGCUUCCAGCAGUUCUCAGGCUACAUCACGGUGGAUCAGCUCGACCGGAGGGCUCUUUUCUACUACUUCGCUGAAGCAGAGGUGGAUCCUUCCACAAAGCCUCUGGUUCUCUGGUUGAAUGGAGGGCCCGGUUGCUCCUCUGUUGGGGUUGGAGCAUUCUCUGAGAACGGGCCUUUCAGACCAAAAGGCGCAGUGCUGGUGAGGAAUGAGUAUAGCUGGAACAAAGAAGCCAACAUGUUGUACCUGGAGACUCCAGCAGGCGUCGGUUUCUCCUACUCCAGUGACUCCUCCUACUAUGAGGGUGUGAACGAUCGGAUGACAGCCACGGAUAAUCUAGUCUUCCUGCAGCGCUGGUUCACCAAGUUCCCACAGUACGAGGGCAGGGACUUGUACAUCGCUGGGGAAAGCUACGCAGGUCAUUAUGUUCCACAACUCGCCCAGCUCAUGGUCGAAUCUGAUGACAAGCAGAGGGUCUUCAACCUUAAAGGCAUCGCUCUGGGCAAUCCGGUUCUCGAGUUCUCCACCGACUUCAACUCGAGAGCAGAGUUCUUCUGGUCGCAUGGCUUGAUCUCGGACUCCACGUACCGAAUCUUCACUUCUGCUUGCAACUACUCACGCUAUGUCAGCGAGUACUACAGAGGUUCCCUCAGCUCGGUGUGCCAACGAGUGAUGAGCCAAGUGACCAGAGAAACGAGUAGAUUCGUGGACAAGUACGAUGUCACCCUCGACGUCUGCAUCUCCUCCGUUCUAUCUCAAUCCAUGGUUUUGAGUCCUCAACAAGUUACCGAGCGUGUGGACGUGUGCGUGGAAGACGAGACGGUGAGGUAUCUCAACCGGAGAGACGUGCAGUCUGCCCUUCAUGCCCACCUCGACGGAGUUACCAAAUGGACCGUCUGCAGCAGUGUUCUGGAGUACGAGCUACUCGACCUGGAGGUUCCAACGAUCUCGGUCGUCGGCUUGCUUGUGAAGUCCGGGAUCCCGGUGUUGGUCUACAGCGGCGAUCAGGAUUCUGUGAUUCCUCUGACGGGAAGUCGAACGCUGGUGCAAAGGUUGGCCAACGAACUGGGCCUGAAGACAACAGUCCCUUACAGAGUCUGGUUCGAGGGAGAACAGGUCGGUGGAUGGACGCAAGUCUACGGUGAUGUCCUUUCGUUUGCCACCGUGAGAGGGGCAUCUCACGAAGCUCCGUUCUCGCAGCCGGAGAGGUCGCUUGUGCUGUUCAGGGCGUUCCUGCAAGGCCGACCGCUGCCGGAGACGUUCACCUACGCGCCAUGAGUUGGUUCUUCGGUGUGCAGUGUAAGUACAUGCGAGAUUAGCAUCGAUUCCAAGGUGUACCUGUGUGCUCGAGCUGACGUGUUUGCCGGAUCAAAGUUAAUGGAAGGAGUAAUUUGAGUCG